GAGUUUCCCUUCCUCUCCUACCUCGGAUUUGUAGCUACUGUCCAGGGUUUUUUAUUCUCAUCGCAAUUUCCGAUCUUAAUCAGUCUAUUUUCCCAGUGAUUUACAAGAAUUUAACGGCAACAGCAUGAAUUUCCUGCUUGGAGCUUUCAAGCCGGUAUGUAAUAUCUUGAUCACAUUUUCCGAUGCAAAAACUCGAAAGCAGGUGCCUGUGAAAAAGGAAAAUGACCAAACGGUUUUAGUUCCGCUUUUCCGAAGUCAAGAAAAUAUUGCUGGCAAGAUUUCCAUAGAACCAUUUCAAGGGAAGAAAAUUGAACAUAACGGUGUGAAGGUUGAGCUCCUUGGUCAAAUAGAGAUGUAUUUUGACAGAGGCAACUUUUACGACUUCACCUCUCUUGUACGUGAGUUGGAUGUCCCUGGGGAAAUAUAUGAAAGAAAAACUUACCCUUUUGAAUUUUCUACUGUUGAAAUGCCGUAUGAAACUUAUGGUGGCGUGAAUGUGCGGCUCAGGUAUGUCCUGAAAGUAACAGUUAGCCGUAAUUAUGGUGGAAGCAUAGUGGAAUACCAGGACUUUAUGGUUCGUAAUGAUUCUCCAGUUCCAUCAAUCAACAAUAGCAUCAAGAUGGAAGUUGGAAUUGAAGAUUGCCUCCACAUCGAAUUUGAGUACAAUAAAAGCAAGUAUCAUCUGAAAGAUGUUAUUAUUGGCAAGAUAUAUUUUCUUCUUGUGAGAAUCAAGAUUAAGAAUAUGGAUCUUGAGAUAAGGCGUCGAGAGUCAACAGGAUCAGGAGCAAAUACCCACGUUGAAACAGAGACCCUAGCUAAAUAUGAGUUGAUGGAUGGUGUUCCAGUCAGAGGUGAAUCUAUUCCAAUCAGACUGUUUCUCAGUCCGUAUGAGCUGACGCCAACACAUCGAAACAUAAACAACAAAUUCAGCGUGAAGUAUUACUUGAAUCUUGUGCUUGUUGAUGAAGAAGAUCGUCGGUAUUUCAAACAGCAGGAAAUUACAAUGUACAGGUUGCAGGAUUCCUGAUCAAGCAUCUACAUACGUGUAAACUUUGACAUUCCAUCCAGUAAAGAAGGACGACGAUUAACUGACUUCCAGUACCUUUGUAAAGCCUUGAAGCUUAGGGUUAAAAGUUAAAAACUACUUGAUGACAGGGUGGUUUAUUUGGAAGAGCUAUAAUGGCUUGGUAUACUUUGCUAGACUGCGGUCUGCAGGUUUGACUCAGAUUUGAUGCAAUUAUUUACGAGUCAUGCGGCGUUGCGGAGGGUGUAACUAUAUUUUGAUACGGUCAUUUCAUGUUCCAUGUGAAUUACUUGACAAUGCCAUUUCCCCCCUCUUUUCCUU